AUGAAGAACACACCAUCAACAUCCAGCGCUCCUCCGUCGGCGGAUUUCAGCUCAAUACCGCAAUCUGAUCGUAUCAAAAUCGCUGUGGCUACAGAGCAACGUCUCUAUGAAUUGGCGUGUAAAGCUCGUGCUAAGGGAAUGUUCUGCAAGAUCCCACCAUCUCACAAACGUGCUCGUGCAGCUGCUGCGGAAAUGACAAAAGUUGUGAACUACGAAAAGUACGCCGCAGUUAAACCGCUCGCCGAUCUCGGUGAGGCUACGCGAGUUAUCAAGGAAUUGAGUUUGGUGAAAACCGAGAAGCUCAACCAACGUCCUGGCUACCAGCACGUCAUGUCUGUUCUCCGUGAAGAGUUCCAAAACUACUCGCUUCUUGCUCAUCAACGCGGAUUCGAAGAAAAAGGAGAGAUCUUCCAAUUGAUAUCCCACUUCCCGAAAAUCGGAAUGAUUCUUCAGAGAGUUAAUGCGGACCGCCCAUUUCGUUAUGAUGGUGUCAUCGAUGAUUUGAAGGACUGUAAACAUAACAUCAAAAAGGAGCAAGUCGGAAGUCUUCUGGGAAGAGGGGUCGUUACACGCAUCGUCAACCCAAAAGUCAAAAAGUGUAAUACCUGCGAGCAGAAAAUCGUCGACGCAGCAAACGAGAAGCUUGAUUUGAUGAAUCAAAAAUUGGAAGAAGCCGUUGAGGGAGGAUUUGCUGUGGACGCCACUCUCAAUCCAUACGCAUUUGAGAAGCACUACAAGAUGCCACGCAGUUUGGUUACUGGAAUCGAUUCUCAUGACUACGCCGUCGCCAUCGACUGUCUUCGUAAAAUCUGGAGUCUGGACAUCACCGCUUGUGAGAAAAGGGAGGCCAUGUUCAAAAACCGGAUUCGUCAGCAGAAGCUUACCGCAAUGGUUAACAUUUAUGGGGACAAGGAGACUGCUGACGAGUUGGAGGAAAUUGUCCAGGAAAUUGAGGAAACAGCUCAGGAGAUUCAGGAGGGAGACGCGAAAACUACAGAGCAGUUAACAACGUUGAAGGCAUCUUUUGGAGGCUCAUGGGAGAAAGUGAGAAAGAAUUUGGGGACUACUACAGGAUUGUCGUCGGAUGACAGAAAGAUUCGCAGACUCCAGGAUAAACUUGAGGAGCACGAGGAGACUAUUGCCAAACUCCGCCGGGAACUGGAGAAGGAGAAAGCAAAGAAUCGCUCGGAUGAUGCUCCGACUCCAUCAAAGGCUGGAAGACCACCAAAGGACGAUAAAGAUAAGGAUCGCAAGGAUAAGGACAAGAAGGACAAGAAGGAUGAUAAGCCAAGUGGAAGUGGAUACAUCCCAAAACGUCUUCGUAUUGGUUCAUAA